CUAUUCGCAGUCCAAGACAAACGAAGAUCGUCGAGGUGAUGCGGUAUUCGCAGUCGGCCCAAACACGAGCACGAGAGUGAGAGGGUAGCGGCUGCACCCCGGUCACCGGACUUUCACCCCUUUCGUCUCAAUUUCUGAUUUCAACCAUGGCUGGACUAUUGAAAUCGGCUUUCCAUCUGUCACAGUCAGCCCAGUGCUUGACUGGGAUAAAAAAGAUGAACGCCAUGCAAGUUCGUUUCCUGAAUUUGUUGGAAUAUCAAAGUAAAGUCUUAAUGCAGAAUCAUGGAGUUAAUAUUCAGAAAUUCAAGAUGGUGAGGAAUGCUGAUGAUGCUAAAAAUCUAGCAAAAGAACUUGUUGCUGAAGAGUACGUAGUCAAAGCACAAAUCCUUGCUGGUGGUCGAGGAAAAGGCACUUUUGACAAUGGGUUCAAAGGAGGAGUUCAAAUUACUAAAGAUCCCUCCAAGAUUUGGCCUCUUGCUGAGAAAAUGGUUGGACAUAAACUGGUUACUAAACAGACUCCUCCUGGUGGUAUUCUGGUGAAUUCUGUAAUGGUUGCAGAGUCUAUUGUCAUCAAACGUGAAACCUAUUUCUGCAUCUUGAUGGACAGAGCUCACAAUGGCCCAGUCUUGAUUGCUUCUCCUGCUGGUGGUAUGGACAUAGAGGAGGUAGCUGUCAGCAGUCCACAGUUGGUGAAAACUAUUCCUAUUGACGUAAUUCAGGGCGUCACUGAUGAAAUGGCAAUGACUGUUGCUGAGUUUCUUGAAUUCAAUGGCAGCUCAAGAAAGAAAUGUGCAGAUCAAGUAAAGGCUUUGUGGAGCCUGUUUACUGGUGUUGAUGCGGUUCAGCUGGAAAUCAACCCAUUGGCUGAAACAGAUACGGGUGACGUCGUUUCAGUUGAUGCUAAGAUUCAGUUUGAUGACAAUGCUCAAUUCAGACAGAAAGAAAUCUUUGCUAUUGAGGACACCUCUGAAUCUGACCCAAGAGAAGUGGAGGCUGCUAAAUAUAAUUUGAAUUAUAUUGGCAUGUCAGGAAAUAUUGGAUGCUUAGUAAAUGGAGCAGGGCUAGCCAUGGCCACCAUGGACCUCAUCCACUUACAUGGGGGCUCACCUGCCAACUUCUUGGAUGUUGGUGGUGGUGUGAAUGAAACCCAGGUGAAGCAAGCUUUUGACAUUCUCUCCUCAGAUCCCAAUGUAAAGGCUAUUCUUGUGAACGUGUUUGGAGGCAUUGUUAACUGUGCGACCAUUGCCACUGGUGUGGUCAAUGCGACAAGGGCCUCUGGCCUGAAGCUACCUCUAGUUGUCCGUUUGGAAGGUACAAAUGUUGAUGCAGCAAAGAAAAUCCUGCAGGACUCUGGCUUACCUAUCGUCCAGGCCAAAGAUUUGGAUUCUGCCGCAAUGGCUGCUGUUGAUCAAGCUUCCCUUAAAGCCAAAGCUCAAGCUUGUUAAAAUGAUAUUAUGAUAUGUUCCUGCAGUUUUGCGAAAUUAACAUUGUACAUCUCAUUUACACGUGAAUUCCAUCAUCAGGUACAUUUCACAUUGUAAUAUUUCUUCACACAAGUGUCUCCUUACCAUACUUUGUCAUCCUGUGCACUGAACUAAGCUCAAAUUUGAUAUUGGUGCCUCAGUAAGCUUUACCAUUGCAACAUUACUAAUAUCCUGCAUCAAUACAGAUUCAAAGACUGAAAUAAUGGGAAAAUACCAAUAUCUGCCAUCUUGUUAGUGUUGCUGGAGACAUUGGAUGUUGUAAGUCCAGAAUGUGAUUAUUUGAAAUGUAAGAUUUUGAUUUAAAUGCUUGUAAAAAUCCUGUGAAGUCUCUAGAUGUUGCUGUAAAUACUUUGUUUUUGUUGACUAUUUUUUCAAUUUUUUCAAAGAUUGUACCCUGUUAGUUCAUCAUCUAUCUUCUGUGUCCAUUUUUCUGUAAAUGUAGUCAUCAGUCAUUCUGGACAAGCACUAUCAAAAAAUUUAAGAUAAGUUUUUGUUUGUAAUCUUGCGUAUUAGGGAAGUGACUAUCAAAAUGAGGCUGUAAAUUGUUAUGCCUCGUAAGGCACUGUAUUUUAAUAAUAUUUUUAUCAUUAUUGAUUUUAUUCUGUUCAGCAUUUUUAAGCGACUAGGUGCUAAAUACAUUCCCAAAUAAAAGUAGGGCAUUUGCAUAGUUUGAUAAAUAUUUAGAUACCUCACACAUUCAAGCUAUUACACCCUCUUGUGAGUGUGUUUAGUACCUUCUGUUUGCUGUCAAGACUGUAUCCACUUGUAACACUACUCCAAUCAGAUCCUCAAAGAUCUUGCCUAGCAUAUGAGUAGUCAUGUUAGAGUUUAAAAUUAAAUUGAUAAAUCUAGAAAGGCUGUGCCAAUGUGUUCCCAUGUUGGGUUUUAAUAGAAGUAUGGCUGUAACGGUUGUGGCAUGAGGUGAGGUAAAAUAAAUAAAAUCAAAUAC